UGAUUUCUCCCCUAACAUCUUUCUAUCACCCCCAUAUUUACCCUCCUACAACACAUCUAAGGACAAAUGAUUUCUCCCACCAAAACAGACCGAAUGGUUGCGACAGGCGAGCGGACAGCCAAAGUCCAAUCAUUCGCGCGCUGGGUCUUCACCCCGCUGGGGUUUUUCAUUACGAUCUACGGGCUGAACGUGAUUGCCUGGGGCGGGAUGCUCUUUCUCUUACUAUGCAAUGCCGCCCCAGCGAUGUGUCAUCCCAGCUGCAACAGCCCCAACUCGUCGCGUCGCAUCUGGAUCGAGAUCGAUUCCCAGAUCCUCAACGCCCUGUUCUGUGUCACGGGCUUUGGACUAGCCCCAUGGCGCAUCCGAGACCUGUUCCAGUGGUGCCGCUGGCGCUUAGCUCGGUCUCCCCGCACCCAUCAACGAGGGCUGGCCCGUCUAGCGGAGAUCCAUGCCAACUGGUUCCUCCUGGGGAGACAAGACGGGGCCCUACCGAGCACCACUGACCACGAAACCGACCCCCGACAUCCCACCCCACGGUGGAAGAUGGACGUGGUGGUCUGGGGGAACAUGCUGAACUCCGUGUUCCAAAUUUGUCUGGCGGUCUGCAUGUGGGCCAUGAAUCGGUUUAACCGACCUAGCUGGACUACGGGCCUCUUUGUGUGUCUGGCUUGUCUGGUUGCCGCAGGCGCUGGGAUUAUUAUGUGGCUGGAGAAGAAACGCAUCAACAAGGCCAGUGAGCAUCCGGGGGCUCUGUUGCUGGUGCCUCUUGCCAAUCCCUCCGACAAAUCCAGCCAAGGGUACCUGCAUGUAAGCCAGGGAGAGUCAAUCUGAGCCCAUACCAAAGGAUGAGCUGUUGCUUCAAUCGGUUGAAUUUUUUUCCUCGCAUAAUAUUUCGCCUCAGUGAAAUAGGACGGCAUGGGU